GGCCAUGUUUAAUUUGUCUCAUUCACGAAAAGUUAUGUAAACAAAACAGUAAAGCCACGACUCUGAAGGCGACAUCGCAGCCGAUGCAAUAGGUCGCCGAAUUACACCGUGAUCUUGUAUGCGGACGCUUGUGUGAGGAAUCUGAUCAUUAAUCAGCAGCAGCAGUGGGAAUAAAAGAAUAGCGCGUGCACUGCGCGUGAGACAUCGGCAGAAUAUCUUGGUAAAUGUUUCACAGAAAACCAUGAGAAAAAAGCAGAAUGUGAAAAAUAGGAAAGCAGAAGAGACAACGAUUGUUCAGGAGUUUGCAGUGGAAAAAAUCAUUCGCAGAAGAGUAUACGAAGGAAGAGUUGAAUACUAUCUGAAGUGGAAAGGAUUUACAGAUGCAGAGAAUACCUGGGAGCCAGAAGACAACUUGGACUGUCCGGAAUUGAUCGAGGAGUUUCUCAGAAAUCUAUCUGUCACGGGAGAGUCGGAACCAGAAGGGUGUCAGUCUACAGACCUUGACGUCCAGCCCAAGCGAGAGUUGACUGAGAUGGAUGCUAAUACGGCUCACCAGCGGUCUCAGAUGGAGCCCAUUGAGAGAGGUAAUGAGGAGGCUGAUGAUCACAGCUCUGAGAUCCCUGCAGGUCAAUCCAGCAACCCAGAACCAGACUGCAUUAUCGGAUCCACAGACCGACAGGGAGAGCUCAUGUUCCUCAUUAAGUGGAAAAACACAGAUGAGGUGGCUUUACUGUCGGCCAGGGAGGCCAGUAAAAGGUGGCCCCAGAUGGUAAUCGGCUUUUAUGAGGACAAGCUGGCCUGGCACGCAGAAGAGGAGCCGUGAGAGAGAGAGAGAAAUACGGAGCGGUGGAUAAUACCGUACCUCCUGGCAGCUUUAAACGCGGUCAAAACCGCAAACACUGUGGCAAACGUACCAUAUAUUCAUAGUCUGUGAAGUAGUCUCUUCAUAGUCUCUUCCCAACACACUGAACCUUUAGAAAUGUGACUUGAGUAGUGCAGUACUUGUACAAACCUGUGUGAUGAAAAUAGCAUUGUGGAUAAGUGGUUUAUUAAUCGACUAUUGUAGAGAAUUAGGUUCGUUGUGUGAUGUACAACUUUUUGUCCUAUUUGUAAGGACAUGCUGUAACAGAUGAGGCUUCAUGUGGGACACUACAGUACUAACUGUAUUAUUAACCCCUGGUUACUUACUUAUACUGUACUGUGAUUUAUAAGGGCAUAGCUCAUGCGGAUAUAAAUGUGUAGAUUUGCACUAUAUCAUACUAGUAUGUAGCCUGUACAAUCACAUUUUGUGAACAUGGUGACGCAUUUGUAUGCCGGUUACUGUCACAUUCACAGCAGUAUAUUUCAUCCAUUUUAGAGACUUUUGUCGUCUUGUUUCUGUAUUCCUGUUGACUGUAAAGAUCACUGUUAACAUUUAAACCUAAGGGAGCUAUCUAUAUAGGUGCUUUGAAUAAACGUGAAUUACCUCUGAAA